AUGAGUGAGGAUACAAUGAAGGAGAAUGCUGAUCAUGAGGAAGACCCCCGAUGCCCUACGAUUUAUUUCUCGCCCGAGGAAUGGCGGAGCUACAGGUGUGAAUGGAGAUCAGCACUCAUGGUGAAGGUUCUUGGCCGUUCCUACCCAUAUCCAGUAAUGGCUAAGCGGCUCAAUAUGCUGUGGGCGAGGAAUGGGACAAUUCAGAUAACGAACAGACCUAAUGGAUUCUUUUUCGUACGGUUCACAAGCAAGAUGGAUUAUGAGCUUGCCCUUACGGGGAGCCCUUGGCUAAUUGGAGACAACUAUAUCACUACUCAGAAGUGGAAGAAGGGUUUUAACCCAAGAACUUGUCAGAUUGACUCAACCUCGGUCUGGAUCAGGUUACCCGACCUUCCUAUUGAGCUCUACCACCCUGAAGCUGUGCUACGCAUAGCCAAGCGAGCGGGCACACCGAUCCGGGGUGAUCGAGCGACUGAGCUGGGAGCAAGAGGAGUAUUCGCCAGGGCGUGCAUUGAGGUGGACCUAACGAAACCCCUUCUAUCGAAGUAUAAGGUGGCAGGAGUGGAGUAUGAGAUUAAGUACGAAGGUUUAGAAAACAUAUGUUUCGAGUGUGGAACCUAUGGACAUUCCAAGUCCCAUUGCCCCUCGCUACACAAGUCUAAUGAAGCAAACAAGGAAUCUGCUGACCCUGUACGUAACCCAGGCCAAAAACAUGAGGAAACGUAUGGAGAAUGGAUGAUCGCUAAGAGGAGGGAGCGAAGACCUAACAAGAAGUUCGAUAAUAUCAGAGCUGUAGGAAGGGACCGCAGUAGUACGUUUGACGGACAAGCAAAGGGAGGUUCUCGUUUUGAGAUACUUAGCCAGGAAGAGGAAAAUUCGGCGUCGUCGCAGCAGCAAGGGAUCCCGAGCAGGGCUCGAAAUGAUACUGACUAG